GGUGAGUGGCAGAAAGAAAUCUCGUGGAUGGGAGUUGAGAGGAGUUUGGCAGAGUGGAGCGGGGCUGUAAUAAUACCUGUCGAACAUAAUGCAAGAUUUGUUUGUUGAGAAUCAGGUGUGGUCUAGAAGACACGACAUUUGAAUUUUGAACAUGGAUCAAAACCCAGUUCUUAAGCGGCUAUACGUUGGAGGACUUGACUAUACUGUUUCUGAAGCUGAACUGCGGGAAAGAUUUUGCAAGUUUGGAAAUGUUACAGACACAGAAAUUGUUAUCCGGAAAGAUGAAAAAGGGAAGCCUACAAAAACAUUUGCAUAUAUCAGCAUCUCCCUUUCAGAAAAAGAACUUCGAAAAUGUAUAUCUGCUUUAAACAAGACAAAGUGGAAAGGUGGAACACUGCAAAUAGAAUUGGCUAAAGAAUGUUUUUUACACAGACUGGCACGGGAACGUCACGAGGCAAGCAUGACAAAGGAAAAUACAAGUUCUAACAGCAUGACAAACAUUCUAGAUUCUAUGAAGAAAUCUGGAGUUGAAGAUUUUCAUCUAAAAGCUGUACCAGGAACAGAAAUACCAGAUCAUAAGGAUUGGAUUGUUGGCAAGUUUGGAAGAGUUUUGCCUGUCCUCCACAUGAAAGCUCGACACACAAACAAGGUUAUGAAAUAUGACCCUUCCAAGUACUGCCACAAUCUUAAAAAAUUGGAUUCAGAUCUGAAUGAAAGAGUUCCAGUUUCCCAACUCACUUGGCAUUUAGAAGAAGAAGAUGAUAUCAUGAGCAAGAAACAGCAAGGACAAAUUCCUGUUUCUAAAAAGCCGCCUAAAAAGAAAAUGAGAGUACACAACUGUGAUAGUUUAAGUACUACAGAAUUUAAAUCAUGUUACCAGUUUUCAUCAAAAACAACAAAUGUACACAGGACAGAACUAGUUCAAAAUCGCACUUGUAUUGCAAAGCAAUACAAAGAACCUUCUGCGGAUCAGAAGUUUGUAACUGAAUUUUGCAAGAAGAAAAGCAGCCUAUCUGAAAGUGAUAUUGAUACUGAUGAAGAAAUUAGAGCCGUAAUAGCAAAAGAGAAAAAAGUGAAGAAAGUUAACCCUAAUAUUGAACCUGAAGAUGACAGCAUGGAAGUUGUUGGUGAAAAUUUUGAAAUGAAGUAUAGUACUCAUUGGUCCUUAAAGAAAGCACACAGUAUGAAAAAAAUAUGCAAUGAAGCACUAAGGAGCACUGAAGAGAAAUCUGAUUAUGAUUCAGCUGACACUGAUGAAAUUAUAGCUGUGACUCAAAUAUCAAAUCAAAAAAAGAGACGAAAGAAAGCACUGAAUGGAUCUAAGGCCACAAAAGAAAAUGAGGGAAGGUUUAAGAAGGGUAUAUUCUCACAGGCAACAUGUUCUAAUUCUCCAGAGUUGAAUGGCUCAACAGCUGACAAACUGAAAGGAGAAAAAAGAGCAACACUGAAAAAAACAAAUUCUGAGGUUGCACCUGAACAGAGCAGAAAUGCCAAUAAAUGCAAAUUGGAGAGUGAAUCCGAAGGGGAUGAAGAUUAUGAAACCAUGAUGAAAAAUUGUUAUCAACUAGAUCUUACAUUAGAAGAUUUAGAACGAUUAGCAGGCGAAAAUGCUGCAUCAGCAAAGGAUGAUACAGAAGGUCGUCAUACUGACACUCAAUCAAAAACUAAUGGAUUUUCAGGUAGUAAUACCAAAGAUAUGUCAAGUGCACACACAGGUUUCCCUACUGCUAAAAAAUGCAUUUGCCCAGAAGAAAUUCUUGCUGCUAUUUUAAAAGAAAGUGCUGAUGAAGAAAAUCCAAAGAAAGAAAACUCUCGAUUGAAAGUUCGGCCUUUUAGAGGAAUUGGGUCACUAAGUAAGAUUGAAACCAUAAAGAAGCCGAUGAAGGAUGAGCUGGAUGCACAUAAAAGUAAAUCUAGCAGUGAUUCAUCUGAAAUUACUGAUAUGGGCACUUUGAAGAGUGCAUCAGAUCCCCAGUUCAUGGACACUAAAACUAAAAAUCCUAACUGUAAAUUAAUCUCAUUAAGAAAAACUAAGUCCAACAGAAGAAAAUGCACAGUAAAAAUGGAUGAAAAUUCGAGCUGUAGUACUCUCAACACAGAAGAUAGUGAGCCUGAUACCAGCAACAGGAGUGUUCUAACUGAAGCAAAGGUCCCAACAAAUCUGAAAUCUUUUCCCAAGAGAACACCAACAGAAAUUAGUUGUAAAGGUUCAGAUUUAAGCAAGAACCUGAAGACUAUCUCUCUGAAAAGCAGACAGACCCUUCUGGGUUCUGUCACAACUGCACUGGAAAAACAACAGGAUAAUGAAAAACGGUUGGCAGCUCUGCAAGAAAAGCAAAAAGUGAGAGAACAGCAGAAGAGACUUAUUCAGGGAGCUCUUGCGCAUCUGGAAAUCAAAUCAACGAAUACACAAAAGCACAUAGUGUUUGAUUCAGAUGGUGAAAGUGAAGCUGAAGUUCCAGUGAGCACUGAAGAUAGGCCUGGAGGAAAGUUGCCGGGGAAGGUUUUCACCACUAAAACCUCUGGAAAGCUGUUUGAAAGCAGUGAAGAUGAGUCAGAUACAGCAGAAGAUGAGGAUGACAGAUUCAAAAUAAAACCUCAGUUUGAGGGUAAAGCGGGUGAGAAGCUCAUGCAGUUGCAGGCACGAUUUGGCACGGAUGAAAGGUUUCGUAUGGAUGCUCGCUUCCUUGAAAAUGACAGUGAAACUGAAUCAGAAGAUGAAUUAAAAAAACUGGAGAUAGAUGAAGAGGAUGAGCUUACCUUCGAGAAAAAGAAGAAUCUUGAGAUCUUGAAAAAUCUUCUACAUAUUAAUGUAGAACAUCCCAAACCUAACAAGCAGGCUGCGAGUGCUAGGAAAUUCAAGGAUAUUAACACCCUACGCUAUGAUCCUACAAGGCAGGACCAUGCAGUAUUUGAAAGAAAACAAGAAAAUGCUGAAAAAGAAAGUAAAGCGAAGAAGAAGAAGAAGAGGGAGAAAGCCCAGAAGCUACCUGAGGUGUCUAAAGAAAUAUUUUAUGAUGUUGCUAUGAACUUGAGAGAAGUACUUGAAUCUACUAAAUGUGAUGAAAAACCAGAAAUAAUACCCUGGGAUAAACAUAAUGUAGAAGACACAAUUCCAGCUGAUGUAGGGCCAUUAAACAAAGAUAGAAGUAACAAGCAAGAAGAAAGUAGUGGCUUCACAUUUUCAUUUUUUGGUGCUGAAGAGAAGACGUCACCUACGAAAGAAGAACCCUAUCUAGCUGAGACAAUAAAACCUUCAAAAGUUGCAUGGCAAGAAGAUCCACGUUUCCAGGACAGCAGUUCAGAAGAUGAUGAUGAGCAAGAAGAAAAAGAAUAUGUUAAAGAAAUGUCUCCAGCUGCACCACAUUCAAACAUUAGAUUUUUCUUCUUCUCCCAAGAUGAUGAUAGAUUAAAAGAAGGCCCAAAACUCUUCUGCCGAUCAUCCAACCUUGAAGACGAGAGAGAAGAUUGGGAAAGCAGGCGUCAAAUGUUACUUGAGGAUUGUCGAAAGAAACAUAAAGAUGCAAGAAGAAAAGUGAAAGCAAAACACUGAAUAUGACAGACAAGUGAACUGUGACAUCUCAAAAAGCUUGGAGAACUCCAGCUUUGAACACAAGCAAUUAAAGAGUCCCCAGGAGACCUGCACAUUAUCUGAAAAUUAAAAAUGGAGCUGCAUAUACCGCAUUUUUGUAAAACUAAGUAGGUUUGAGAUGGUGAAGCUUUUAAUACUUAUCUCUGUUGUAUGUUAUCCACUUGUUUAACAUAGAUUAUAGGGUACUGGCAGAUUCUUAAACUAGAAUAGCAUCUACUUUGAAUAUUGGCUGCCGUUGUCAUCUUUUCCGGGUGGAGCUAAGCAUUUUAGUCUCCAUGUAACAUACUGGGAUAGGGAGUAACUUCUGAUAGCUCGUAUGCAUACAAGUGCUAUAGCAUCAGAUAGUAGUCUUUGGAGAUAAUUCACCUGAGAUUUAAUACAUUGUUUGGCUACCUUGGUCAAGUUAAAAUUAGAAACAUGCAAUAUUGAACAUCCUAUAUAGGUAGAACCAUUCCAGUUGUGUUAGGAUUGUCAAGAAUUGAGGUAAUGAAGAGCCAGUGAUCAGGGAAGCAGCUAGAAUGAACAGAACACUCGGACAAGCAGUAAGGACUGUUGACUUCAUCAUUCUUUUUUUAAUUGAAUUUUUUAAUUCCAGCUUCCAGUUGUGAAAAACAGAUCUAAGGCUACAGUCUUAAUACCAGUCUCAAUUCCAAUAAAGUGCUUUAAAGAAGACAGGAGUGGAUAUAGUAGGGGGGAAGCCCUGCUGAACUUGUAGUGGCUUGAUUGGGCUAAAGAUAUUAAAGAAGGUAAAUUUAGAGUCAUUGAAGUGGGUGUAUUGCUAUUUACAUCAAUAGGCUGGUUCAGCCUUGUGCAAUGGAUGUUAGCAUCCAACUUAAAGGAGGCUGCAUUCUUCAUCAUCUUGAUAGAUUAGCUGACUAUAGAAAUUUCUUGCUCUUCCACUGUAAAAUAAAACCAUAAUUACAUUCCCCUUCCCCAUGAAAAUUGCAUAGAGAACUUCAGACUUGUAAAUAUGUAUAUAUUUUUCAAAAUCAUAUUUUUCUAUAAAUUAUAAUAUCCUUAUUGAGGUUGUCUAUGUUGAAUGCUGAAGUGUCAUAUGCUGCACCAUUUUGAACCAUUUGCCACUGGCACAGACUAGAAAGACAGCAGCUAAUGUUGGAAUUAGUAAGAUUCUUGCUGACUUGUAAUGUUUGAUUUCAUGGUUAGACUGUUCUGUGAAACUUACCAUGUUUGACUUUUGUACAGAGUGUUGUAUUGUUAUAUUGUAAUUGUUUGAAUUUGGGGACAUUGUUAUAUGAAUUUAAUAACACAAAUUGGUAAAAAAAAUCUUAUACUAAAAUAAGCAAUUAUAAAUACAUAAUAGGUUUGCUAUCAUAGAUUUGGUAAGCCAUUCGCACAGUAUUUUUUCUUCUUUGGUGAAAGUGGGAGGGCAGGCAUUGGAGAUACUGUGAGGAAAUACAGUAAGAGUGUUAAUGUUUUAAGCAUGUUUGUAUUUUGAAUAAAAAUAAUACCAUUAA